AUGGAGAAGCUGAUCAAGAGCUUGAAUGUGUGCUUGGUGGUGACAUAUGUGAUCGUGUGGAGUUCAUUAUAUAAACCCAAAGGCAGCAAAGCACUGCCAACCCGCCACCACUUUGCAGAGAAGCAGCAGGCACAGAGUGGUCAUGUGAGGUAUGACAACGAACAAGUUACUUCCUGCCUUAGUCCUUCAUUUUCUCCUUCACAAAAUAAAAUUGGCUUUUUCCUUGCUGAUAGUGCUCUCACAAACUUUGUGAACAUUCCUAAAACCUGCAGGACUUUCUAUAAAAAAGCGUGGCAAGCAUCAACUCCACAAAGUAACAGUAAGAAGGGCAAGGAUUCUCUGUAUGCACAGGGAAAGCAGCAUUAUGACAGGAAGCAGAGUGGCUAUGGUGGGCGGACUAAGCCAUGCAAAAGAGCUAAAACUACAAAGAUCAUGCUGAGGAUUGAAUGCACUGAGCCUAACUGCAGAUCUAAGAGAAUGACGGCUAUUACGAGAUGCAAGCAUUUUGAUCUAGGAGGAGAUAAGACGAGAAAGGGUCAAGUGAUACAGUUCUAAACUUUGUAUUCUGUUUUAUUAUGUGACAAUAAAAUCCUGAGGAUGUGUUCACUUAAAAAGGGAGGAGAGGGGCUCGGGCGGUGAAGUCAGACCUGGCUGGAUAGCUCAGUUACAGCGUUGUCCCGAUAUGAUAAGGUUGCAGGUUCCACCUCUGAUCAGGGCACAUACAAGAAGAAACCAAGAAAUGCAGAAAUAAGU